AUGCAGUUAGACGAAGGAACCAUCAGCAUACACUCACCUUCACUCAGAGCAGCACUGGCGUUAACUGCAGCAGACAGACGAUGGGUGGACUUUCUCACGCAAACUAUCAACGAGACUUGGGACCCGGCGCAUCCUGAACAGCCCAAGACGCACGGCUAUGUCGGUUCAGAGGAGUUCAUUAGACUGCAGUUUGAAGAGUAUCUUUUGGCAUUGUUAGCAAGCACGAACCAUCGACAACAUGUCCAACCCACGUCACCAGGAAAAGCGGCAGAAGUAAGGAGCAAGGGACAAUCGACCGACGCGGAGGGAGACCCAACGCUGGAUUUCAACACAGAUUUCGUGACUCAUUGGCAGACCACACCAAAUUAUGCUUUAUUCAAUCAAUUAACAUCUGACGCGUUGCUGUUCUCCAUCGUCGAGCCUCGACAUCCAUAUGCAGGCGGGCUUACAAUAGACGACAUUCAGCGCCGUCUGGCUCAGCAGGUCUCCGAACUUCAUCUGGACGAGCGAGUCCGCGAGGGCCGGGAGGCACUCAACAAGACACUAGCAUCAGGCCAGAAGAAAGUGAGCAGCGCCUUCAACAGUUUCUGGGCAGAUAUCGAGGCUCUACGAGAAGCGCAACGCAAAAAGAAUGAAGAAAAAGUCGGAAUUACAGACCGUUCUUCCUCCUCCGACAGAAACGUCAGCAACGAGUCUGUGCAAUCCGCACGAAAUGAUGCCGCCUCACCUACCAACGAGAGUCAAUCUUCGAUUUCAUCGUGGUUUGGAAGUCGUCGAUCGCCAUCCGUCGAUAUCACGCAGGCACAGGCAUCGGUGAACGUAGCGAGUCAAAGAGCGGGUGCGUACAUCAGUUCAUGGGGGACAUGGGCCAGCGAGCGACGCAAGGAAUGGCAAGAUAGGAGAAGUACCACGACCACCAAUAGCACAAUAUCAUCGCCAUCAUCUUCAGAAACAACAACCCAGAAACCAUCUGGUCUUCCAAGCGUUAACGAAAAGACUGAAUUGAGCGACCAACCUAAUUGCGAUCACAACAUCAGCACCACCAAUCAAUUAAGAGACGCAUCCUCCCUCCGCGAAAGCGAAGAUUCUUCCUUCCCAUCUUCAACAACUCUAAGCCGAAGCAUGAGCCGCCGCAAACGCUGGAGCAGCGUCCUCCGCGUGAAAGAUCAUCGCCGCAGCGACUCCGACAGCGAAUCGUCCACCAGCCGGAAGACAUCAUUAGACAUCCCGGUGCGCCGUGGAUCCGCCUCUUCGACUUCGGUCUCUGGUUCGAUGGGAGCGGGUGAUGGGAUCCCAAAAUCGCCGCUGGGGCAGAGGCAGAUGAUCGUCGGAGACGACGUUGUUCCUGUUGCUGCACCGGAGAGUAUUGCAGCUGAGACGGGGGAGAAAGGGGUUGAUGUGUCGCCCAUUCCGGCUUCGGGCCCUGAAGCAGAGUAG